UCGUAGUGUUCAGCCGUCAGUGUAGCAUGAAACGGCUAUUUUCCCGUUAGAAACGAUGCAACAGACGACUAAAACACGGAAUACCUGCUGUUGUUUAAGCUUAAACGUCACAAAGGAGACCAUCUAUCCCGACAAGCGCUUAUACAGACCGAAAGGAGGGAGUCGAGACUGAGGGGUAGAUGUAUCAGCAGGAGCGAGCCCAGUAUGAAGAAAGCAGGCAGGCCAGUGGGGAAUAAGGCAGCGAGUGGAGGAGGUAAAGGUGACACAGUGACAGCUGGAGCCUCUGCUGGCAAAACUGCUGUUAAGAGCCCAACCACAGCGCCACUCUCCAAGGUCAAAAGCAAUGAUGAUCUUUUAGCUGCUAUGGCUGGGAGCAGUGUAUGCCCAAACAACAGUGUUGCCAAGAGCAAGAAAUCGACUUCUGCUCACUCAACUUCCUCAAACGCUAACAACCCUGAUAGCAAGACCAAGACCACCUCGGGCCCAUCCGGCAAACGAGCAUCAUCCACGGCCUCUAAAGAGUCCAACUCCUCGCGAGAUCGUUUGCGUAACUCCAGAAACUCCAGCAGUAAGAAGCAGUCAUCCACUGGUAGUUCUGACAAAGCCCAGCACAGACAUUCUCGUGGACAGGCCCAAACAUCAGACUCGGAGAGCCGCAUGAGCAAAUCAAAGUCUGACGGACAUCUAAACGAUAAGGUGGCCCUGGAGGCCAAAGUAAAAGAUCUGUUAGGCCUGGCCAAGAGCAAAGACGUGGAAAUCUUGCAGCUACGGGGGGAGCUGAGGGACAUGAGGGUUCAGCUGGGACUGCCUGAGGAGGAAGAAGAAGAGGAAAGACCACCAGAGAGGGAGGUUGCGGCCGUGAUCACAGCUGCAGAUGUGGAGUCAACAUUGCUGCUCCUACAGGAUCAGAACCACGCUAUCCGUGGAGAGCUCAACCUGCUUAAGAAUGAAAAUCGUAUGUUAAAGGACCGUCUUAAUGCGUUGGGCUUUUCCCUGGAGCAGAGAUUGGAUGGGGCUGAAAAAAACUUUGUCUAUCUUACCAGUCCUGACCCUUCCUCCUCUGGGGUUGGUGGAGGUCAUGGAGACAUUGUGGUCUCGUCUGUAGAGGGAUCUGCACCGGGCUCCAUGGAGGACCUUCUGGCAGGUGGCCAGCGAAGUGGCUCAACAGACAACCUGGACAGUGAGUCUAGUGAGGUCUACCAAGCAGUCACCUCCAGUGACGAUGCUUUGGAUGCCCCCUCUGGCUGCGGUUCCCUGUCGUCCUCUGAGUCUGAAGGUGGCGCUCCGGAAUGUCGCAACUCCUCCCGUAAAGGGAGCAGCGGCAACACCAGCGAGGUCUCGGUGGCGUGUCUGACAGAGCGCAUACACCAGAUGGAGGAAAACCAACACAGCACAGCUGAGGAGCUCCAAGCGACCCUGCAGGAGCUGGCAGACCUGCAGCAGAUAACGCAGGAGCUAAAUGGCGAGAACGAACGGCUCGGAGAAGAAAAGGUGCUGCUUAUGGACUCUCUUUGCCAACAGAGCGACAAACUAGAGCACUGUGGCCGUCAAAUCGAGUACUUCCGCUCGCUGCUGGACGAGCACGGUGUGUCCUAUUCAGUGGAUGAGGACAUCAAAAGUGGCCGAUACUUGGAGUUAGAGCAGCGAUACGUAGAGCUCAUGGACAACACUCGCUUUGAGCGCGAGCAGCUCCUCGGUGUGCAGCAACACCUUAGCAACACACUGAAGAUGGCCGAGCAGGAUAACGCCGAAGCGCAGGGUGUUAUCGCAGCGCUGAAAGAGCGUAACCAUCACAUGGAUCGGCUGUUAGAUGUGGAGAGGCAGGAGCGGGGUAGCAUAGCCGCCCUGUUAGAGGAGUGUAAAGCCGCUGUAAAUGGUGACCAGGCUGAGCUGAGCCGAUGCCGUGCCUUACUGGAGCAAGAGAGGCAAACGGUUGCUGAGCUCUACUCCAUCCACAAUGCUGGUGAUAAGAGCGAUAUCCACCAGCUCCUAGAAGGGGUCAGGCUAGACAAGGAAGAAGCCGAAGCCAAGGCCGCCAAACUGCAGGACGAUCUGGGACACUCGCGCAGUGAGGUGGCAUGUCUACAGGACACCCUCAAUAAGCUGGAUGCAGAGUACAGGGACUUCCAGAGCGAGGUGCAAAAAGAGUUGGCGGAGCAGAAGAGGGCUCUAGAGAAGCAACGUGAGGACAUGCAGGAAAAAGAGCGGGAGAUCGGCGACAUGAAAGAGACCAUCUUUGAGUUGGAGGAUGAAGUUGAGCAGCACCGAGCAGUCAAACUUCAUGACAACCUUAUCAUCAGCGACCUAGAAAAUUCAAUGAAGAAGCUUCAGGAUCAGAAGCACGACAUGGAGCGAGAAAUAAAGAUCCUGCACCGCAAACUCAGGGAAGAGUCGGCAGAGUGGCGUCAGUUCCAGGCGGACCUGCAGACUGCUGUGGUCAUUGCUAAUGACAUCAAAUCGGAAGCACAGGAGGAGAUCGGUGACCUUCGGCGCCGCCUGCAAGAAGCCCAGGAGAAGAAUGAGAAACUGGCCAAAGAACUGGAUGAAAUUAAAAACCGCAAGCAAGACGAGGAACGUGGUCGUGUGUAUAACUACAUGAAUGCCGUGGAGAGGGAUCUGGCCGCGCUCCGGCAGGGGAUGGGACUAAGUCGACGCCCCUCCACAUCAUCUGAACCUUCACCCACCGUUAAAACCCUUAUCAAAAGCUUCGACAGUGCCUCUCAGGGUCCCGGAGCCAAUGCUACUGCAAUUGCUGCAGCAGCUGCCGCAGCGGCGAGCACAGCCGCGCCCACCACCUUACCCCGCACACCUCUCAGCCCCAGCCCUAUGAAGACCCCACCUGCUGCUGCGGUCUCACCCAUACAGAGACAUUCAGUCAGUGGCUCUAUGGCUGCCACCAAGCCCCUCUCCUCGCUUGCAGACAAAAGACCAAGCUACACAGACAUCAGCAUGCCAGCAGCAGAGCAUCUGCUCCGAGCAGCCAAUGGCAGUCGUCCUGCAUCAGCUCUUCAAAGAGUCGCCAACAUGGACACAUCAAAGGCCAUCACAGUCUCUCGUAGAAGCAGCGAGGAGGCAAAAAGGGAUAUCAGCACUCCUGAUGGAGGUCCAGCUUCCUCUCUGAUAACCAUGGGAUCUAGUGCACCUCCUCUCUCCCUUUCUGCUUCCUCCUCCCCCACGGCCUCCGUCAACCCCACAGCACGCAGCCGCCUUCGAGAGGAGCGGAAAGACCCCCUGUCCGCUUUGGCUCGUGAAUAUGGCGGUUCUAAGAGAAAUGCGCUGCUGAGAUGGUGUCAGAAGAAAACUGAAGGUUAUCAGAACAUCGAUAUAACCAACUUCAGCAGUAGCUGGAAUGAUGGGCUGGCAUUUUGUGCUGUUCUGCACACAUACCUGCCAGCUCAUAUUCCUUAUCAGGAGCUCAACAGUCAGGACAAGAGACGAAAUUUCACGUUAGCCUUCCAAGCAGCUGAAAGCGUGGGCAUCAAAUCCACUCUGGACAUCAAUGAAAUGGUCCAUACAGAAAGACCAGACUGGCAGAGUGUCAUGACUUACGUCACAGCUAUCUACAAGUAUUUCGAGACCUGAGCAUGCGCCAUUCUUAAGGAAGGCACACAUAUCAGCGCAAAAGAAAUUUCACCUCAUCAUCUAACCUUUAACCCUAGCAGAGAUCAACCCACAUCCAUUUUAACAAAUCACAGUGGCCAAUUCUGUUAGGAUACGUCGUAAGAUUAAUUGCUUUAUCAAGGAAAUCCUCUACAGUGGAACUCAGCUGCAUGACUCGACAAUGUGCUUCAACCUGCUGUUGGGAGAUUUUAACGCAGGAAUGCAGAUCAAGUCACUAUUUUUGAGCAAAUUGUAACACUGAGUAAUUUUCAUAUCGGUUCAGAAGAGCGAGGAGCUGCUUGCCGUGCCUUUCACCAACCGAGAUCUUGCUUUUAGUGUUUGGAGCAAGUUCUUCACCUUAAUUCACAAGCUAGACACUUGUUUGCGUGAGUGUGUUUUGUUUGCUCAAUGCAGUGCCUAAUUAAAAACACUUCCAUAGAGAGGAAUUGUACACUAAUGGGAAUUGUUCAUUCACUACAGCACACACCGAGUAAUCUUGCCUUUUUUAAGGAUUAAGGGCACCUUUAUGUAUGACUGUGACAGAUCGUGGCUUGAAAUAUGGGAGGUCAGCAAUAAGCUUAUGUAACCGGUUGAGCCAUUUCAUAUGCUGCUCAUCAUUAAACAGUAAAAUACUGUAGUGAACACUAUAUUGAGAAUAGCAGCACACGUGCAUGUACUGUCCCAGUGUAUUGCCUGAAAUAGUAUACCAAAAAUGAAAUCUUUUUUUUGUGAUUCAGUGAAGCUAACAAACAUCCUUCGGUAGUUAAUCAAAUGUUACGUUUUUUCUCAGGAUAAGAAAAAAUAUAUUUAUCAAGAUCAUAUCUGAUUCAUAAUAUGCUAAAUGCAGUGUUGUGUAUACUACAGAGUUUAUCAAUUCCCUCACGUAUCAUUUGCAAAGCACAAAAAAUGUUUUCGACACGUUCGUGCGCACUUAUUCAAGCUGUUUAUGAAACUACAUUCCUGUGCAUCAUGUAUGUGUGUUUGUGUGAAAGUGCUUGCUUUUAGCUUGUGGUCCAGCUGUGCUGAAUUCACACAUAAUAUAUGAAAGACUUGAAGAUGUUUCACCCUCACAUUUUUUAAAAGCGCACUAUUCUGCAAACUACAAAUUCUGUGUGUGCACAUAACUUAGAAAUAUCGCAAAGGACACAAAAAUAGUUGCCUGCGUGCCCCUUUUUUUAAAUAUAAUAUUUAGUUUUUUCAUUCAGUAAGUAGAUUUCAUAUUGAAUUAAAUGAUUCCUACUUAAAUUUCAGUGUUUGUAACUUCGCAUCCAUUUCUAGCCUUCCAGCAUUAAAUACAAAGCAAAAGUUUGAUUUAUUCCAAACUAAAUGCGACUGAAAUCUGUUCCUUAAAGAGUCAUUCAGGUUUAACAGCAGUGUCAGGUGUCCAGUAUUAGACUUUGUUGCAUAUUCAUUAAACAGAUCUUUUUAAAGUGUUUGUCCCAUAGGGUGUUAAUUCUCUGCCUCAUAUGGCUAGAAAAAUAUACAUUGAGAAGAUGUGUAUUAUACAUCUGCUUAAAGUGCUUACCGUGUGUGCUCUGAAGACCUCAUCAUCUAAAUGAAUGUCAUACAGCAGAAGGCUUCUUCAGCUUUGUUGCCUUUCAGAUAUAAUGUUAUAUGCCAUACAUUUUGUUUCUGUUUAUGAAUGUUGAACUCACCAGUUUUGUUUUGUUUUUAUUAUGAGAGCAUUAUCUUAACACCACAAGGUAAAAUGUUCUUGUUUUAUAUAUAUAAAUAUAUGUGUGUGUGAUAAGCAAUCAAGAUUCUGUUCCCUUUAAAUAAACAAAUACAUGAUCUUGAA